ACAGGGCGGGGACAUGGCCGCGGCGCCGGGAGGGUCAGCGCAGCCCUCUGGCCCCGGCCCGCGCCUGGGUUUCAGCACCGCGGACAGCGGCGUCGGCAUGAGCGGGCUAAACCCCGGUCCUGCCGUACCCAUGAAGGACCACGACGCCAUCAAGCUCUUCGUGGGGCAGAUCCCGCGGGGCUUGGACGAGCAGGACCUCAAGCCGCUGUUCGAGGAGUUCGGCCGCAUCUACGAGCUGACGGUGCUGAAGGACCGGCUCACCGGCCUCCACAAAGGCUGUGCCUUCCUCACCUACUGCGCCCGGGACUCUGCUCUCAAGGCCCAGAGUGCACUGCACGAGCAGAAGACCCUGCCAGGGAUGAAUCGUCCGAUCCAAGUGAAGCCAGCUGCCAGUGAGGGCCGAGGAGGUUGGGAAACCAGUGAUCUGUUCCAAGGGCACUAUUCUGUGGCUGACAUCCCCAGAAGCAAAGCACACCCACCGGGUUGUACUCUCACCACAGAAGAGGACCGAAAGCUGUUUGUGGGGAUGCUGGGCAAGCAGCAGGGUGAGGAGGACGUCAGACGCCUGUUCCAGCCCUUUGGCCACAUCGAGGAGUGCACGGUCCUGCGGAGUCCUGACGGCACCAGUAAAGGCUGUGCCUUUGUGAAGUUCGGGAGUCAAGGGGAAGCUCAGGCGGCCAUCCAGGGUCUGCACGGCAGCCGGACCAUGGCGGGCGCCUCGUCCAGCCUUGUGGUCAAGCUGGCGGACACCGACCGGGAGCGUGCGCUGCGGCGGAUGCAGCAGAUGGCCGGCCACCUGGGCGCUUUCCACCCCGCGCCACUGCCGCUAGGGGCCUGCGGCGCCUACACCACGGCGAUCCUGCAGCACCAGGCGGCCCUGCUGGCGGCGGCACAGGGCCCAGGCCUAGGCCCGGUGGCGGCAGUGGCUGCCCAGAUGCAACACGUGGCGGCCUUUAGCCUGGUGGCUGCGCCUCUGUUGCCCGCGGCAGCAGCCAACACCCCGCCCGGCAGCGGCCCUGGCACCCUCCCAGGUCUUCCGGCGCCCAUCGGGGUCAAUGGAUUCGGCCCUCUGACCCCCCAGACCAAUGGCCAGCCGAGCUCCGACACGCUCUACAAUAACGGGCUCUCCCCUUACCCAGCCCAGAGCCCCGGCGUGGCUGACCCCCUGCAGCAGGCCUACGCUGGGAUGCACCACUACGCAGCAGCCUAUCCGUCGGCCUAUGCCCCAGUGAGCACAGCUUUUCCCCAGCAGCCUUCAGCCCUGCCCCAGCAGCAGAGAGAAGGCCCCGAAGGCUGUAACCUCUUCAUCUAUCACCUGCCUCAGGAGUUUGGUGAUGCGGAACUCAUACAGACAUUCCUGCCCUUUGGAGCCGUUGUCUCUGCUAAAGUCUUUGUGGAUCGAGCCACCAACCAGAGCAAGUGUUUUGGGUUUGUUAGUUUUGACAAUCCAACUAGUGCCCAGACUGCUAUUCAGGCAAUGAAUGGCUUUCAAAUUGGCAUGAAGAGGCUCAAGGUCCAGCUAAAGCGGCCCAAGGAUGCCAACCGGCCUUACUGACCUGCUUUCACUGACCAGCCACAGAAAGAAACAGAAGAGUGAGAAGAAAGGAGAGGAAAAGCACAGAAACGCUUGAGCAGCCCUUCCCGAAGGAGCAGCUGCGGACGGAGGUGGAUCGGACCCAAGGCUGGUGCCUGGGGCUUAGGCCACUCUAAGGAUUGUUUUUAUCAAGUGGGUUGUUCUGUGCCUGCAGCAUAGAGCGCAGGCUGGCAGAGCAACUAGGGCUGGUGAGGAGUGACUGUCCAGGGGAACCAGCAGAGGGCGUUGGGGGUGCCAAGGGCUUCUCCACAAGGGAAGCCCAGAUUUACUUCUUUCAAAAUCAUAUCAUUCCUUAGAGUUUAGGGACCAAAGGACUAUUGCUUUUUUAAGAAUAUAUAUAUCUAUAUAAAUUAAAAUGAAACAAACAAAAAAAAACCAAGACAAACAACUACAAAAAAAGACAGUAUAGAGUCUCAUAAAAGCUGCCUUUAAAUAUCCCUAGGAGACAGGGUGAAGGAGACCCUUGACAGCCCCAGCCUAGGCAGAGGGGGGCUGUGGAAAGAUUGUUCUGUGUCUCAUUCCCUCUUAAGCCACUCCCCGACCCUGCCCUUUUAAAAAUAAUUAAGGAUUUGAGGUCUAGGCUCACAUGCAGGUAAUGAGAACGUUAUGGAAGCAGUGAACCCACAAUCCACAAUCCCCAAACUCAGAGUGCAUCCCAGAAGAGGCCCCAGGCGGAGCUCAGGUCGGCCCUGGCCUUUGCCAUCCCGGGAGGCCCCCUAGCCAGCAAGAGUGGGACUGCCUUUCCUGUGGAACGACUGCUUCCUCAGGCAGGAAGAAAGAGGGAGUUCUGGCCACCUGAGCCUUUCCCUUGCCAAUCCAGGUAGACAGAGGCCCUGCCUUUGGCUGAGCUGAGACACCUCCUGUUUCCCUUCCCCUUGAACCAGUCCCAGUGUCCCCUUGCUCCAGGCUACCUUCUGUCUCUUAGCCUAAGUUUGCCCACCUGUAAAGUAGAUUCAGGAUAUCUGUAGAGGGCUGUGACAACAGACUUGGAAGGUUUGCUACUGUAUAUACUGCCAUUGAGAAGGGGAAAUUUUUCAAUAUGUAGAAGCUUCAGAAUUAGAGGUCCCUCUUUACCCCGGACCUGGGAGGGAAGUAGAUAUUUUGCCAAAAUACUUCUUCAUUCCUUUAAAAAGUACAUCUUUCCUAUGCAAGAGUGUCUCACAUGUGCUUAACCGAGGUGCUUCUAGUUGGUGAGCAGUGUUGAGCUUAGAAGUGGUGUGUGCUCUGUCUGUCUUUGUCUGUCUGUUGUAUACAGUGGGUGCCAUAUAAAGCUGAUCAAUGGUGGUGCUUCCUGCCUGCUUCUGUGAGAUGGGCAAAAGAUUCAGCUUAGAACACCAUGACUCACCUUGCCUUGGUCAGCCUUUCCUGGGCCUGUAGGGCCUUGCACAUAUUUUUCCCAGGAGGAUUUCCCCUCCACCCCACAGACAUGGAUCAGCUUAGUCUGAGGCCCCAGGUGUGUGGGGUCCCUCUAAUCCCCAGAUGUUGCUGAGGCUGAAGGCCUCUGAUCUGAUAACAUGUCAGAUAGUAAAAGAUGUGGGGGUGGGGUUGGAGGGCUCCUCCUUCAUAACAGUUUCUGAGAAAACUUGUUCCCACCU